AGGAGAGUCAGGCUGUAGUGAAGUGUAGUCAGAGGAUCGCUGCAGGUGUGUGGAGUCUGAGCGUGCGCCGGGUGGCUCUCAUAGCGCUGCUCUGGUGUACCCUGGACUUGUUUAUACGGCCAUCAAGAACCAGUCACCUCUCGCAGUCUGGUUUCAGAAGUUCUUUUUUGGUCCAGUCCAGGAUAGCCCUGUUUUGAUCCAGUUAGUCAAGUGGUUCAGUCCAGGUUAGUCGAGUUGGUUCGGUCCAGGAUAGUCCAGUACGACCGGUCCUUGUCGGUUUGGUCCGGUACGCCCCGGUCCGGCGGUUUGGUCAAGUCCGCUCCAGGUUAGUCCAGUUGGUUCGGUCCAGGUCAGUCCUGUACUUUGGUCCGCGUCGGUCCGGUGGUUUGGUCCAGUGCGCUCCGGUCCGCGUCAGUCCGUCGGUCCGGUCCAGUGCGCUCCGGUCCGCGUCAUACCGUCGGUCCGGUCCAGUGCGCUCCGGUCCGCGUCAGUCCGUUGAUCCGGUCCAGUGCGCUCCGGUCCGGGUCAGUCCAGCGGGGUACCUGCUGGGUUCCUGCCGGUCCUGCUGCGGUCUGGGGAGGCAUGGCGUUGCCGGGCGAUGGCGUGCAGAGCCUGGGCUCCUACUUCUGUCUGAUCCGCCGGCGCUUCAAGCGGAGGCGCACCAAGCGCUCUGAGCGCAAAGGUGGAGCAGCAGCCAGGCCAGGCCAGGCCAAACCCUUCACCAUGGAUGUGGACGAGGAAGAGAACAUGAGUUCGAGCAGCACCGAGGUUAAGGAAAACCGUAACCAUGACAACGUGUCCUCCAAAGAGGGCGGGGCCGGGGCCGAGCCGCUCUCCAACGGCAGCGGCGGGGGGGGCGGCGGCGGCGGCGGUGGCAGCCGCAAGCGCCCGCUGGAAGAGGGCAGCAACGGACACUCGCACUCCAAGUUCCGUGCCAAGAAGCGCAAGAAAACGCCGGGGCCCGUGCUUCCCAAGAACGCCCUGAUGCAGCUGAACGAGAUCAAGCCCGGCCUGCAGUACAAGCUGCUGUCCCAGACCGGCCCCGUGCACGCGCCCGUGUUCGUCAUGACGGUGGAGGUCAACGGACAGCUCUUCGAGGGCAUGGGCCCCACCAAGAAGAAGGCCAAGCUCAACGCGGCGGAGAAGGCGCUGCGCUCCUUCGUGCAGUUCCCCAAUGCCUCCGAGGCCCACCUGGCCAUGGGCCGCACGCUGACCGUCAACACGGACUUCACCUCGGACCAGGCGGACUUCCCCGACAUGCUGUUCAACGGCUUCGAGACGCCGGCGCCACCCGACGACGCCUUCUACCUGGGCUCCAACGGGAGCGGGCCCCUGAACUCGCUGGGGGAGUACCCCCUGCCCGUGCCCCCCGGCAGCGGCCUUGCCCAGGCGCCCCUGCCCCCGCCGUCGGCCUUCAGCUCGCCCACCAGCGGGAAGAACCCGGUGAUGAUCCUGAACGAGCUGCGGCCGGGACUCAAGUACGACUUUGUGUCGGAGAGCGGCGAGAGCCACGCCAAGAACUUUGUGAUGUCGGUGACGGUGGACGCGCAGACGUUCGAGGGCUCAGGGCGCAACAAAAAGCUGGCCAAGGCGCGGGCGGCGCAGGCCGUGCUGUCGGCGCUCUUCAACAUGCAGCUGGACCAGACGCCGUCCCGCCAGCCCAUCCCGCGCGAGGGGCUGCAGCUGCACCUCCCCCAGGUGCUUGCAGACGCCGUCUCCCGUCUGGUGGUGGAUAAGUUCAGUGAGCUGACAGAAAACUUCACCUCCCCUCACGCACGGCGGAAAGUCCUUGCGGGGGUCGUCAUGACAACAGGCACCGACGUGAAGGAGGCGCAGGUGAUCUGCGUUUCCACGGGAACCAAGUGCAUCAACGGCGAGUACAUGAGCGACCGCGGCCUGGCGCUCAACGACUGUCACGCUGAGAUCAUCGCCCGCCGCUCGCUAAUCAGAUACCUCUACGCCCAGCUGGAGCACUUCCUGGGGAACAACAGGGAGGAGCACCAGAAGUCGAUAUUCCUGCGCUGUGACAAGCGUGGCUACCGACUGAAGGACAACGUCCAGUUCCACCUGUACAUCAGCACCUCUCCCUGCGGAGACGCACGCAUAUUCUCCCCCCACGAGGCGGCAAUGGAAGACCAGGGCGACCGGCACCCCAACAGGAAGGCGCGGGGCCAGCUGAGGACCAAGAUAGAGUCUGGGGAGGGGACCAUCCCCGUGAGGUCCAGCAACACCAUCCAGACCUGGGACGGGGUGCUGCAGGGGGAGCGCCUGCUCACCAUGUCCUGCAGUGACAAGAUCGCACGGUGGAACGUGGUGGGGGUGCAGGGCUCCCUCAUGAGCUACUUCUCGGAGCCCAUCUACUUCUCCAGCAUCAUCCUGGGCAGCCUGUACCACGCCGACCACCUGUCCCGGGCCAUGUACCAGCGCAUCUCGGAGAUCGAGGAGCUGCCCACCCAGUUCAGCCUCAACAGACCCCUGCUCAGCGGCAUCAGCAAUGCGGAGGCGCGCCAGCCGGGCAAGGCCCCCAACUUCAGCGUGAACUGGGCGGUGGGCGACCAGGCCCUGGAGGUCAUCAACGCCACCACGGGGAAGGACGACGUGGGCCGCGCCUCCCGCCUCUGCAAACACGCCCUCUACAGCCGCUGGGUGCGCCUGCAUACCAAGCUGUCCUCCACGUUGAGGAUCAAGGUGUCCAAGCCGGGCUCGUACCACGAGGCCAAGCAGGCUGCGUCUGAGUACCACGACGCCAAGCAGGCUCUGAUCAAGGCCUUCCACAAGGCCGGCCUGGGGGCCUGGGUAAAGAAGCCCAUCGAACAGGACCAGUUCACCCUUACCUCCUGAGUCCCCUGGGCGUUGGGGAGCAGGGGGACCAGGGGAGAGGAUCGGAACCCCGCCCCUUCUGGAACUCACAAACUUGUCCUUCACACACACACACACAAACACACAUGAAUACACGCUCAACCCACCACCACAAACCCACACCUCUUACCCAGGCCUGAAUGCGACCCCACCACCCCCUUCCCAUCGACCUGACCUGUGUGUGUGUGUGUGUGUGUGUGUGUGUGUGUGUGUGUGUGUUUUUGUGUGUGUGGGGAGGUGGGGUGCGUGUGUGUGGAUGUGGACUUCAUACACAUUGUAAAUAUGUGUGUGUAUGCGUGUUUUCAACAACGAUACCCCCUCCCCCAACCUCAUCUCGUUCUCAUUCCUCAUAGAACAUCCUCAAACGUCAUGCUGUUUUUUUUUAUCAUUGUUGUUUUGUUGUUUUAAAGAUUAUAGCUAUAAAUCGACUUAAAACUGGAAUUUUAUUUUUUUUUAGAUUUUUUUAUGACGUUUUUAUCAGAUAUUUCCUUAUUGCAUUCAUCACUCCUUGUUUUUUUUGUUUUUUUUAAGUAAAGACAUUAUGUCUAUUGAGUGCGAAAUGUAGUUUUUACCUAGACAAAAACAGGCAGAUUUAUUAAGUACCUUUUAUUUUUUCAUUUUACUUUUAAUUUAAAAAUGAUGCGUACUUCUGAAGGAUGUAAAUCUAGUAGAAAAGGUUAAAUACUAUAAAACGUGUUUUAGUUGUGUUUUUUUCUUAGAGCCUUUAUUAAAAAGAAAGACCUGAUCCUAAGAGUUGUGGCCCUCAAUUAUUUUAAUUAUUAUAUUCCUAUUAUAAUUGGUAUGAAUUAUAUUUUGUAUUAAUUACUAUGAAUUAUAGUUUAUAUUAAUUACUAUAAAUUAUUAUUUGUAUGAAUAACUAAGAAUUAUAUAUUUUUAGCAAUGAAUUGAUGAUAAUGAAUUAUUUUUAAUCAUUUCUAUCAAUGAUUCAUUCAUUCCUCACCAUUUGAUUCCCAAUAUUCCCCUCAUUCUUGUAUAUGUGUCUUUUAAACGUCUUUAAGGCCAUUGUCAUUUCAUUUUUAUGAAAACAUGAACCAUGGUGAGAUACUGGUGAGAGGCUGAUGACACCCCUCCCUUCCUAACAACCCCCCACUGCCCCCCUCUCCCAGUUGUGGCCUAUGGUUGGGGUGGGGUCAGUGGGCUGUAGGAGGGUGGUGUGUGUGUGUGGAGGGGCUGCACGCCAGGGCUUUGCAUGGGAACUGAACUUGGAGAAAAGUCUUGAGAUGGAACGUUGUAAAUGAAUGCCAGCAUCUUGCUACUCCACAGGCAGCUUUGAAUCUCUCUCUCUCUCCUUGCUCCCUUUUCUAGAUGUUUCUGUGUGCAUUUGAGUUUGAAUGAUUUUGUUUGAUUUCGGGGGAGUUUUGGUUAUUAAACUGGGUUGUGUUUGAGUAGAUGAGGAUUAGGUGAAAAGGUGGUUCUCUAAUUUGGGACAAAUGGGAACAGCACUGCAGCUAGGGUUGUUACAGCAGACACCAGGAACCCUAGAACCCCUUGAGGAAUCCACAGUGUGUCCACCAUGCCACCUUUUCCCUCAGACCAGGAAAUGGAGAUGGCUAGGCCUCCAACUCCGUCUAUAGCAGGGGUUCUUAAACCUUUUCAUUUCAGGACCCAAAAUACAAUUUCUUUGAGUCUGUUGGACCCAGCCCCCGCACACUCAGAAAAUGCUGAAAACAUCAGAAUUGGCAAUCCUUUUCUUAAACGAAAGCAGUACAAUCCUGGCGUUUUCUGCGUGUUCUGUGCGUUGUCAGGCACCGCCCACAACUCCAACGGCAUCUCGACCCAUUUUGGGUCCUGACCCAUAGUUUAAGAAACGCUGAUCUAUAGACACAUUCUCCCCCCUGGAAGGGGGCGUAUUCCUCUCCCAUUUACAUUGCCCGCUGUCCCUCCCUCCCUUCCUCCAGAUAGCGAUUGUAGCCCUUCCUCCCUGUACAUCUAAACUCUAUUUAAACUGCAGUGCCGCAUAUCAUCAGAGGGAGGAGGACUUCCUGUUCAGCUCAUUCUGCAGAGUUUGUACACUAACAUGGGUUCUAUGCCAGAAGGGGUUCGGGAAGCAAACGCUCCGACCGCUAAACCAAAAGAUGGCAAGAACGUCAACAGGGUUGACGUGCUAAGGGCGUCGAGAGUGAGGUUUGCCCUGGAAGACGCCUCAAUGUCAAUCAGCUACACGGCCAGUAACGAUGAAAGACCGUUGGAGCACCAUCUUUGUCAUCUCACCGUCUCUCGUCCUCUCUCCCCAUUGUUGCUGCAAUAUCAACUCCUGAACUUUGACCUCCUGAACGUUACAGCAAGUGAAAGAGCAUCGCCAGCCGGUGGCGUUGGUCGCGCGAGCCAAGCGUUCCUCUCUCUUUGUGUUUUGGUUCUGUGAGCAAAGGUUGUGGAAUCCUCACCAAAGAUGCUAUCCCUGUGUGUGUUUCCCUGCCAUACUUGCUUUUCAAAGACUUUGUUUUUCUUCUCCAAAUCUCUUUUUAAUCCAGAUUUGUUGGCAUUAUUUUUGUUUUUUUUGGAGGGAUCUAAUGAACAAUGUACUGUACCUGAAUGAUUUGUACAAAGAAAAAAAAAAACGGAAAGAACAAGGGAACCCUCGUAUUCAGGAUACCUUCAGAAAACGUCUGGAAACACCUGUACCUGUCAGUUGCUAGGUGUACAAAUUGUAAAGAUACAUCUACACCUAAAUGUCAUGUAUAUAGCCAAAAACCACAAACAAGCUCUGACCUUUGUAAAACCAUUUGCUCUAAUCAUGUAAAGAAAAAGAAAAAACGUAAAAAAAAAAAUAUCUAUCCAUACCUGCACUCUUUACUGUCAAACUGCUGGGACAGUGAGUGGUGAUUUUAUUUCUUUCCCGAUCUGUUGAAGGGAUUUAAUGUGAAAUGCAAUGGCUCCACUGGGCUGACCCAAGCUCCAGGUAGCAUUCUGGCUGGGCCACCCAAGCCUACAUUAUAUGCACUCACGGAAACAAUGAGGUGACUGGGUCGUGGCAUAUGUUAUGUCACACUUUUUUUAAUAUAUAUAUAUAUAUACACACAUAGAUAUUAAUAUGUAUAUAUGUGUGUGUGUAUAUCUAUCGAUAUAGAUAUAUAGAUAUGGAUAUAUCUAUAUAGAUAUAUGGAUAUAUCUACAUAGAUAUAUUACCAAAUGAUGUUUUAACUGUGUGAUGCAUUGUAAAUGUGUCUGCGAUGCCCUGUGAGUUUGGUACUAGCUGGAGAUUGUAGUUUAGUUUCGCUAGGAAGUGACAUGCACGCAGAGAGAGUAUAGCCCCGGAGUCCAAGGAAGUAGUUCCUCUGCCCCGGGAACCAAGCAAACCAACACAAGACAUCACCUGAGAAGAUCAGUAGAAGAGAGAAAAAAAACAACAACCCUUGUUUGAUUUGGAUCACAUCCCUGAAAUCUGUGGGACCAAGCUCUCUCUUACCAGGCAGAGUGAUGACCCCCAUCAGAAGCAAUACCCCCUGCCCCUCCCCCCACCCUACGACCCCUGGUGUCCCCGCAAACUCCUUCCCACCAGGAACAGGAAACGGUCCGUCCCCCCCGUCCCCCCCGCUUCAAUGCCCCCUUCUCGGUUCCCGCUCUUUUCUGAUGUACUCUCUCUACUAUAUACUUCUAGUCUUCUGUCUCUGUCCCAAUAGAUUUCUAGAUACAUUUCCUGUCUCCGUCUCCCGUCUCAGUGUUGAGACGUUUUUUUUGUUCGUAAAGACUGCCUGCUUCUACUUGUAUUUAUCUUCUUCCUUUUUCUUUUCCUUUUUUUUUUUGGACUGCACUAAAGAUGUCAACUGAUGAUGUCAUGAUGUAAACCAUCCCCCGUGCUGCGGAUUGGAUGGUGACUAUUAUAGCAAGAAUUGAACUGCUCCCCCUCCCCCCAUCCUCCUCUCUCACUUUCUCCUCUUCGUCCACAAAGAGGGCUAGUCCCCCCCCCCCCCCACCCCCCCCCCCCACCCUGUUUGCAACUGUGGUGGGAAGGGAAUCACCGUCUGACUGACGAAAAGGGUUGGGGAGGGGGGGGGGGGGGGGGUCGCUCUUGUACGUUGGGAACUCCAUCCUUGCCCCAAAUAGCUCUCUCUGUCUCUGUCUCUGUCUCUGAGUCUGUCGUCUCUUUCUCUCUGGCUCUCUCUCUCUCUCUCUCUCUCUCUGUCUCUCUCUGUCUGUGUUUCUCUUUCUCUCUCGCUCUUGCUCUCUCACCUCUCUGUCUUCUCUCUCUCCCUCUCUCUCUCUCUCUCUCCAUCUUGGCGCCAGGUGUGUGUCUACCUCGGUCGCCCCAGCCUCCUUGCAUGCCCUAUCCACACUGAAGCUGCACCUCGCAUGAUUAGGAACUCCUAAAGGACUUCUGUAGAAAUACGACAAACGGAAACAGAUGAAAAUAGAUCUAUAACAAAAUGAAGAAAAAAUAAAUAAAAGAGAUCCUAGUUUA